UAUCUGGGAUAUCAGGAGAACUUAUUCACCUUUGACCCGUACCGCUUUACCUAUGACCCCUCGGCAAAAGAAGAAACCAGCUCGAUCCCCGGUUUACGCGAGGAGAAAACUCGGCAUAGGAAGAAGGUUAGACAUGGCAACGACAGGACCAGGGUCUCACACUGGAGUAGAGCGGAACCGCUGUGAUGGGUCUCCCGCCGAGGUUUGUCAGAUUGCCUGUGGCAGCAAAUCAAGCGAUGCUGAAGACCAGACAGCAGCACAGAAAGUCAACUUAAAAAACGCUGGUGAGAAACCCUUCAUGUGUGGGGAAUGUGGGUAUCGGGCAGUUCAUUGGUCUAAGUUAUCCCGGCAUAUGAGAAUCCAUACUGGAGAAAAACCCAACAAGUGUGACCAGUGCGACUAUUCUGCUGCAGAAAGGGGUAGCUUGGCUACUUAUCAAGCAACACAUACCGGGGACAAACCCUACAUGUGUGGGGAGUGUGGGUACAGAGCGGCUCAGAAGUCUAAGUUAUCCAGACAUAUGAGAAUCCAUACUGGAGAAAAACCCUACAAGUGUGAUCAGUGCGACUAUUCUGCAUCACGGAAAUACUACCUGAAGCACCAUAUGGCAGCAAAGCACACUGGCGAGAAACCCUACAUGUGCGGUGAGUGUGGAUAUAGGACAGUCCAAAGGUCUGAGUUAUCCAUACAUAUGAGAACCCAUACAGGAGAAAAACCUUACAAGUGUGACCAGUGCGACUAUUCUGCAGCAGUGAAAGUCAAUUUGAACAACCACAUAGCAGCAAAACACACUGGUGACAAACCCUUCAUGUGCGGGGAGUGUGGGUACAGGACGACUACAAAAUCUACGUUAUCCAUACAUAUGCGAAUCCAUACUGGAGAAAAACCCUACAAGUGUGACCAGUGUGACUAUUCUGCAACACAAAAGGCCACUCUGGACAACCACAUAGCAGCACAACACACCGUUGAGAAACCCUACAUGUGUGGGGAGUGUGGGUGCAGGACAAGUCGAAAAUUUGCCUUAACCAGACACAUGAGAACCCAUGCAGGAGAAAAACCGUACAAGUGUGGGGUGUGUGGAUACAGGACAGUUCAAAAGUCUCACUUAUCCCGACAUAUGAGAACCCAUGCAGGGGAAAAACCAUACAAGUGUGACCAGUGUGACUAUUCUGCAGCACAGAAAGUCCAUUUGGAUCUCCAUGUGGCAGCAAAACAUACCGGUGAGAAACAUGUGUAG